AUGGCAAGUAAAAAAAGAGAAAAAAGUUGUAUUAUUUUUAAUGAAGAAUAUAGUAAUGAAAAGGAAAAUGGUACGAUUAACAGCAGUGGCACAUUUUAUAAUGAAGAAAAAUUUAUUAAAUAUGUAGAGAUAAAUUCAAAGAAUAUAUUUGAAUAUGAUAUAUCCAAAUUAGAUAUAAGAAGAGUAAAUAACCAUAUAAAGUUAAACAAUAUAUAUAAUUUAUAUUGUUAUCUAAUUAAAAAUACUUUUUUUAAAAUAUCAGAUAAAAACGUUAAUAUAACAGAUAUGUUAUAUGUAGAUCCAAUAAUAUCAGAAAAAAAUAAAAAUGAAUAUAAUAAUUUAUCCAAAAAUGAGGACGAAAAAUCUAUUAUCCAAGAUGGAAAGUGUGAUAUUUCCAAUUCAUCAUAUGAUUCGUCUUAUUCUGAAUCAACUAUGUCAUCAAAUAAUUUCUCUAAUAGUUCCGAUACACCUAUCUGUUCAGAAAUUUCAUCAGAUGUGUCUGUUAAAAGCAAUAAAAAGAAUAAUACAUGCAAAUUAAAAAUUUUGGAUGUAAUUAAAAAAUUUAGCCAACUUAAAGAAAAAAUAAAAAAAAAAAAAAAAAAAAAAAAAGUACAAAUAAAAGAACAAAUAAAAGAACAAAUAAAAGAAAAACAAAUGGAAAAAAAAAAAAAAAAGGAAAAAAAAAGCAUUCUUCCAUCAGGAUAUAUAUUGAAAAAAUAUGAUGCUGUACAUAUCAAAGGAAACAAUAACGAAAUAAGUAUAUCUCAGAUUUAUAAAAACGUUAGUAGUAAUAAAGAUGAUGAUAAUAAAAAUAUUAUUAUUCAAUUAAUAUAUAGAAAUAAAGAAUGUAAUAAAUUUUUAUAUAAUAAUUUUGAAUCAUAUUUAAAUUAUUGGCAUGUAUUACCAUGUAUAGGUUAUUAUAAUAAAAGUACUAUAAAUAAUAUUAUUAACAAAAUUAGUAUCGUUAAUUUUUAUGAAUUCCUUUAUUUAUAUGAUGAAUUUCCAGUAUGUCAAACACAUAAAAAAAAGUUAAAAAAAUUAUAUGUGGUUGAACAAAAGGAUGAAGAAAAUGUAACGAACCCAGACGAAUUUGUAACAUCUGAAAGGACUACAGAUAUUGAUAUGUUAAAUAAUGGAUAUAAUGAAAUUAACUUAAGUCAAGAAAUGAAUAAAGAGAUGGUCGAUAGGAAUUUACCAGAAAAAUAUGAUGAAGAUAUUGAAAAAAAUCAUUCAAGUGUUUUUAAUUUUAAUAAUUGUGAUAAAAAUAGUUUAAUGAAUAUCCAUAAUGAUCCAAAUAAAAAUUAUUGUAUUUAUGAUGAAGAAAUUAUUUUGAAUGAUGUUUUACAAAAUGAGAAAAAAAAAACAACCCCCUGUUGUACGUUUGGGUACUAUUACUUUGAAACUUUUUUAUUUAGAAAUAAUAAAAUGAUACCAAAAUUAAAAAAAAAAGAUUGUAUAAUAUUUAACAGGAUUACAAAAAAAGAAGAUUUUCUUUUUCUUAUAAAUGCUAAAUUAUAUGAUACGAUAAAAAAUAAAAAUAAUAUAUAUUAUGGAAAAAAUAAUGAAUAUAUAUCUACUUAUAAAAACUUUGAAUUCUUAUACUUUUUUUGUUUUAAUUGUAAUACAUAUUAUGAUAUAAACAUUAUAAUGUCACAAAUAAUAUAUGAGAAUGAAAUUGGUCAAAAAAAAUAUAUGCAUGAUAAAAAAAAAAAUAUAAAUCAUAAAAAAAAUGUAAAUAAUAAAAAUAAUAUUAAGAAUAAUAAUAAAACAAAUAAUAAAAAUAAAAUAAAUAAUAAAAAAAAUAUUACCAAUAUAAUAAAUGAUAAAAAUAAUAUUAACAAUAUAAAUGAAAAUAAUAAUAAUCAUAUUAACAAUAUAAAUGAAAAUAAUAAUAAUAAUAAUAUUAACAAUAUAAAUGAAAAUAAUAAUAAUAAUAAUAUUAACAAUAUAAAUGAAAAUAAUAAUAAUAAUAAUAAUAAUGUUUCUCUCAAUAAUUUACAUAAAAGCAACAUUUUUGAUGACUAUAUAUAUUCCAACAAUUUUCAUAGCUUUAUAGUAGAAUAUAAAAAAUUAUACAAUAUAAAAAUAAAAAGACAAAAAAUUAAACAAACAGAUAUUUAUUUUUUAUGUAUGAAUUGUAUAAAAAAUAAUAUUUUUAAUGUGACACAUCAUAUGGAAUAUUUUACAUAUUUCUGUGAUUUGGUAAAUAAAUAUAAUCACAAUUUUUUUUUAUAUAAUAAAUAUAUACAUCAUAUUUUCAAUAAUGAAAAUAUUUCUUUUUUCUCCUUAUAUAAUCUUGAAGAAGAAAAAAAUAAAAUCUGUUCAAAUAAUAUAAUGGCAAAUCAAAAAAAAAAUAAAGAAGAACAACAACAAAAAAACAAACCAACAAAGAAAAAUUCAUCUUCCUCAUCAUGUAUGACAUUUAGUAAUGUUAAAAAAAGAAAAAUAUCUGAUAUCACAAACAUUAUGGAAGAUCAAAAUGUGGUAGCUAGCGAAAAAGCCAUUUCUGAUGAUAAUCAGAAUAAAAAUAUUUCAAAAAAUAUAAAGAAAAAGAAGAGCAGUAAAAAUUCAAAUCAAAUGGGAGAAAUAAAAGAGGAGGAAAAAGAUAUUUUGAAAAAAUUAAAUGAAAAUAACAAAUUUGAUGAAAAUGUAAAAGCUAAUGAUGCUUAUACCAAUGAUCAAAAUGUACAGGAUAAUAAUAAUAAUAAUAGUAAUAGCAAUAGUUAUAAUUAUGAACGAAAUAGAAGGACUACAAGGAAAAAAAAAUAUAUUCAUAAAAAAUAUGAUGAUAAUGAUGAAGAGAAUGAAGAAUAUUAUUAUGAUGACGAUGAUGAGUUGUUUGAUGAAAAAUGUUUGACAAAUGAAAUGGUAAAUAUUAAAUUACAGGAAGAAGAAGAAGAAUAUUCAUUUUAUGAAGAUAUGAAAAAAUAUCAAGAUGAAGAUAUUGUUGAAGAAAAUCAAAUAUUAAAUGAAGAAUUAUAUAGUCAAGAUUCGGACGUUUAUAAUGAUGAAUUUAGUACUGGUGGUAAAAAAAAAAAGAAGAAAAGAAGAAGAAAAAAAAUUAAAAUCCAAAAGAAAGAUAGUAUAAAGGUUGUACAUAGAAAUUCUGGAAAAACUAUAAAUAAUAAUAUUAUUAAUGAUACAUCUCAAAGUAGUUAUAAUAAUAAUAUGAAUAGUAUACAAAAUACUAAUCGUACUAAUAGUAGUAGUAGUAAUAAUAACAUAUCUUAUAAUAGUAACAAUGUUAUAUCACAUAGCAAUGUUAGUAAUAAUAGUAGCAUUAUUAAUGUUCCAGAAAAAAUUAAAAAAAAUGAAGAAAAAAAAAAAGGAAAUCCUCAAGAUUGUUAUAUUAAUCAAGGAGAUCAUCAAAAAGAUGUACAUUUAAACUUUGAUGAUUUAUCUAAAUUGGAAGAUAGAGGUGAUAAAAACAAUCUGUUAAAAUAUAAUAAAGUUAUAGAGAAAAUAAAACAAUGUUUAGAUGAAGAAAAUGUUUGUGAUAAAAAUACAGAAGAAAUAAGUAAAAAUAUUGUACAAACGGUUAUAGAUAUAUAUAAAAAUAAAUUAGAUAUAAAAAUGAAAUUAUUUUCCAUAUGUAGUAAUUUAAUGAGAAAAGAUAAUUCAGAAUUACGAAAAAAAAUUUUAAAUGGUAAUAUUACAUCAACCAAUUUAGCUAAUAUGGAUUCAUCAGAUUUAGCACCUAUUAGUUUACAGAAUAAAAGAAGAGAACAUGAAAGAAAAUAUUUUUAUGAAAAUAUUUAUUUACGUGAAAAUUUAAUAGAUUUAAAAAAAAAAAGUAAUCGAAAUGAUGAAGAAGAAAAUUUAUAUAUUAUAAGUAAUAUAUUAAAUAAACAACAAAACGAUCAAGAUAUAAAACAUAUUCCUAUAAAUGAUCCUAAUCAGAAUUUAUUAAAUAAUUUUAAUAAACAAUAUGAUGAUAAUAUAUUAUCAAAUAAUAAAAAUACUACCUAUAAUACAAAUAAUGAACAUAAUACAAACCAAUAUCAUCAAGAUAAUGAAAACCACCAUAUGAGUAAAGAAAAUAUAAAUGAAAAUAUUACUUCUAAAAAGGAAGAACAAAAUAUAAUUGAUUCAUAUACGAUACCAUCAAUGGACAGAUAUAAUUUUCAACAAACAUAUAAAAAUCUAAAGCAAAUUUAUGAAACCAUGCCAAAAUAUGCCUCCUCUCCGAUCCUAACAUUUUUAGAUAACUCUUAUAAUAGGGUCAUGACCAUAAUAGAAACGAGCAAGAAUGAGGAAGUAUGA